AGAAACAUGAAACGAAAUAAAGAACUUGAAGUUUCUUUCAAGUUUGUGCGGGAACCGCCGGCAAUUCUGCUCUAUCAUCAUGACAUCAACGACCCGCCCACUGAGCCCCUGUUUUUCUUUUACCGCAGAUGUUUACUUCUUUUCCAUUAUAAAUAUACAACAUGCGGGUCCCCUUAAAAAAGCCCUCAAUGUUACGCCUAACUUAAGCACUAUAAUAGAGUAAUAGAGAGAUAUACUUAUAUUCUUUUUCUUAAAAUCACACUUCAAUUGCUCAAAAAUUAUCACCCAUCGACGUUUAAAGUAAUAUCGAAGAAAAAAGGCAACCAUGACCCAGCCCAUUAAAACCGAUACUUGGCUCGUCGAGGGUUCAAACGGCUUCGACAGCCUUAAACUUCAUCGCGAUGUCACAAUUCCAGCACUGGGCGACUAUGACUGUCUCGUCCAGAUCCAAGCUGUCUCCCUUAAUUACCGAGACCUCGUCAUUCCACAGGGCCUCUACCCAUUCCCCCUGACCCUCCCUCGAAUCCCCUGCUCCGACGGCGCCGGCAUCGUCCUCGCCACGGGGCCCCGCGUCACCCAAUUCCGCCGUGGCGACCGCAUCUGCACCCUCUUCAAUCAAACCCACCAAGCCAACCCCAUCACGCGCACCUCCAUGGCCUCCGGCCUAGGCGGCACGCUCGACGGCACCCUGCGCAAAUACGCCGUGCUGCCCGAGACAGGCCUGGUCAGCGCGCCCAGCAACCUCAGCCCCGUCGAGGCAAGUACGCUCAGCUGCGCGCCCCUGACGGCCUGGAAUGCGCUGUACGGCCUCGUGCCGCUGAAGCCCGGCGACACGGUGCUGACGCAGGGGACGGGCGGGGUGAGUCUUUCGGCCAUCCAGUUUGCGCUGGCGGCUGGGGCGACGGUGAUUGCCACGACGUCGUCGCAGGAGAAGAUGGAGCGGUUGAAGAAGAUGGGCGCGCAGCAUGUGAUUAAUUAUAAGACGACGCCUGAGUGGGGGGAGGUUGCGCGGUCGCUUACGCCUGGUGGGAAUGGGGUGGAUCAUGUUGUUGAGGUUGGCGGGCCGGGGACGAUGGCGGAGUCUCUGAAGGCUGUGCGGAAGGAAGGUGUUAUUACGAUUAUUGGAUUUUUGGGAGGUACGGGGGGUAAGGGGGAGAAGGAGCCUAGCAUUUUGGAUCCGUUGGUGCAGAUUUGUACGGUUCGGGGCAUCCUGGUGGGUUCAAGGCAGCAGAUGGAGGAUAUGGUGCGGGCGAUUGAGGUGAAUAAGAUUCAGCCGGUAGUGGAUGAGAAGGUGUUUUCGUUUGAGAAGGCAAAGGAUGCAUAUCAGUAUCAGUGGGAGCAGAAGCACUUUGGCAAGGUGGUUAUUAAGGUGGACGGUUGAUUGGCCUUGUAUUAUACAGGGAUGUGUAUGUGAAAAGG